GCGUCGGUCCCGUGACUUCCGCUUCCGCCCACUUUUCCCGGAAGUGGGGUUUUGUUGUUUCUGGAAUGCUGAGAAAACGCCUCCGACCCGGCGCGUUCGGGGCCGGUGCCUGGUCACGCCCCUCACGGAGGCCUACCGCGCACGCGCAGGGCCACUAGGCACGGCACCGCCGCCUCCUGGCUGCCCUCCGGGAUGCCCUCACCUUUCCUGACCUCGGAAGAGGCACGGCAGGGUUCAGGCGUGGCCGCGGUAGCCCCUCAGGCCUCCGUGACGUUCCAGGAUGUGGCCGUGGACUUCACCUGGGAGGAGUGGGAGCGCCUGGGCCCUCCUCAGAAGGCGCUCUACAGGGAGGUGAUGCUGGAGAACUACAGGAACCUGGUCUGCCUGGGACUGGCCACUUGCAGCCCAGAGGUGAUCGUCCGGCUGGAGCGAGGGGAGAUGCUGUGGAGGCCGGAGGGAAGCCGCCCUGGACUCUGCCCUCCGGAUCGGGAAACUGAGCCUGAAAACAAGGAGUCCAUUACCAAGGUGGGCCUUUCUCUGGAAGAAUCAGUCUCAGAAAGAUCCUUAGAGAAUGGUAUCUGUAUCUCCAAAUUGGGAGAAUCCUGGGUAUGUACCUCCAGAUUAGGAAGACAGCUAAACUAUGAGGAUCCACCAUGUAGAGGAGGAGAAACCAUCCACAGGAGACCUCUUAAUGCAGGGAGAGAUCAUGACUCUAGUCCUCUUCCCAGAAUUGCUCAUCUGGGACGAGUUCAUUUUCCACAACAGAGAAUGACAUUAGGAAAUCCUCUCUCCAAAUGUGAUAUGUAUGGGAAGGGCUUCAGGGUAUACUCAGCCCUCAGAAACUGUAAUAAAAUCUGCUCACAAAUUUUUCCCAAGUAUGAUGAUGGGGGGAAGACCUUCAGUUAUAAUUCCAACCUCAUCGAAAAUCAUAAACUGCACUCUGAAGAGAAACCUUAUGAAUGUCAUGACUGUGGGAAGGCCUUCCGAUGGAGCUCACACCUCGCUCAGCAUCAAAUAACUCACACUGGAGAGAAACCCUAUGAAUGUAAGGAAUGUGGGAAGGCUUUUGGCUUGAGUACAGGGCUCACGCGACAUCAGAGGAUCCACACUGGAGAGAAGCCUUAUGAAUGUCACGAAUGCGGGAAGGCUUUCCUUCUGAACACAAACUUUAUUGUACAUCAGAGAAUUCAUAGUGGAGAGAAGCCUUAUGAAUGUCAUGAAUGUGGGAAGGCUUUCAAUCGGAGCACCCAACUGACUGUGCAUCAGAGAAUCCACACUGGAGAGAAGCCCUAUGAGUGUCACGAAUGCGGGAAGGCUUUUCGACAGAACACGGUUCUCACUGAACAUCAGAGGAUUCAUAGUGGAGAGAAGCCCUAUGAAUGCCACGAAUGUGGGAAGGCCUUCCGCCAGAGCUCCCAGCUUACCCAGCACCAGAGAAUUCACACUGGAGAGAAACCUUAUGAAUGUUCUGAUUGUGGGAAGUCCUUCCUUCUGAGCACAACCUUUGCUGUUCACCAGAGGGUUCAUACUGGAGAGAAGCCUUAUGAAUGUAAUGAGUGUGGGAAGGCCUUCAGUUGGAGCACAGAACUCGCUGAACAUCAGAGGAUUCACACUGGAGAGAAACCUUAUGAAUGCCGUGAAUGUGGGAAGGCUUUUUGCCAGAGCUCACAAUUGGCUCGUCAUCAGGUAAUCCACACUGGAGAGAAACCUUACGAAUGUCAUGAGUGUGGGAAGGCCUUCCUUCUGAGCACAACUUUUGCUAUCCAUCAGAAAAUUCAUAGUGGAGAAUAACCGUAUGAAUACAAGUAUGAAAGAGCCUUCAACUUGGGUAGUGACUUUAUUCAACAUCAGAUGGGAGAGUAUGUCAUUAACUGUUGAUGGGAUUAAUCUUGGGAAGUCAUCAAGCAGGGCACACACCUGGACAUAAGAUUUCACAGAAAGUGCAUCGAUGAGGGUGGGCUUCCUUUGAAGCUAAUGCCUUCUCAACCUCAGCUUAUACUGGAGAGAAUAACUCCAGUUGGUGAAGAGAACUUGCUCAGAAUCAUGGAAGCUUUUAGCGAGAAAGGCUUUACGAAUGUAAUGAACAUGAGAAAAAGCUCAGCAAGAACUAGUCUAGUCUUUGACUGAAAGUUAGUGAAUGCCAACUAAAAGGAAACCCUACAUUUGAAGGAAAUCUCUUAAAUUUUAUUGCUCCUCUGACUUCAAGUCCAAAGCCAUCUCUGUCUCUUAUUCCCCAUAUUUGCAGCAACUGAUUUUUUCCUAAUGUAUUCUUAGUAAAUUUAAUUUAAUAAGAGUCUGCACAGGACCUUAACUCAAUUUCUCUCAAGUUCUCAGUCAUUAGCCAUCCCCCCCCCCAAUUCCUUACAUUUUCAGAAGAAAAGAUAUGCUGCUUGCUAAAACAAAUUGUUUUUAUUGAUCCCAUCCCUAUCUGCUAAUUCCAAGACACAUCAAUGUAUUCCAAGACUUUAUUCCAGCAAGUGUUCUUUUUUCAUGAACCCCUCAUUUAUCUCUCCCAUUGACUAUUUCCUAGCCAACUCAGGCCUCCCGAGAACUUAAAGGGAAAAGAUCAUUUCGAUCUACUCUAUUCAGCUACUGCUCCAUCUUCCUUUCACUGGAGGGGGAGAGGAAGGAAAACUCUUGUCUUUCUGUUUUCUUCAUUUUUUGCACCUACCAUCUGAAAACCUUGCAAUUGAGUUUCUAUAUUAGUUUUCAUUACCUGUAAGAUUGAGCAAGUGGCAGAAUGAGGGGUUGUCUAAGCUCAGUUUGCCAGAAUUAAAGAAAAGCCAGAUACACCACUCACUGCUUAGGGAAAAAAAAUUAUAAACAGUAGAAAGGCCAAUAAUAAGAAUAAUUUGGCCAAAGAGUCACUACUAUGCACUAAAAUAAUAUCAUUUAAAGAUUGUAAAUAAGAGAAAAAGCUCUACAACAGCUGCACAAGGUCUCAAAAUCAGGGAACAAAGGAAAAGACCUUUGGAAUGGUUUAAGUAGGGUAAUAAAAAAAAAGUAAGGAUAAAGUUAGAGUGGAAGUUUGAUGUUUCAAGGAUAUAAGAAAAGACCAACAAGAAAUAGGUGACAGGAUAAAUGGAGAUUUUCAUCAGAACUGUUGUUUCUCAGAAAAAGAACUACCGAUCUGGAACUUAAAUACAAUAUAGAAAGAUUUCAAAGUAAGUCUUAUAAGAAUAUACGCCUUCUCUUGAAGCCAUAGUUAUUGUCCUCCAAAUAAUCUGAGAUUUAUAGGACUUCCAUUAAGUCACAGUGAAAUAAAAUUCCUGAGAAUGAUCCUUUAGUAAAUCCAAGAUGAAAAUUGCUCCCACAUACUGAAAGUGGGAGGUAAAACAGAUCAAUGGAAUCCAUAGAUUGCUAAAAGAGAAAUUUGAAUUUUAGAUUCCCUAGAAAUGUAUAGAUCCAAACUUUAGAAUUUCAACAUUAAACCAAAAUUCUUACAAGUAAGUACCCAAGAGGAAACCUUUUGCAUUUACAAGGGGAAGCAAGCUAAAUUGCACAAGACCACUCCUUGGCCAUGAGAAAUAAACAAAACUGGAAUAUAAUACUCUGAAGAGCAGAGCAGAUUUGUUAAAAUCACAUCAUGCACAGUUAGGUUUAAUUGUUGAUGGAAAAAGGUCUACUUUAAGUAAAAUGAGGGCAUGUGGUAUUUUCUUCUGAAGAAGCCAGGGAUGAGAGUAGGACAUGUGACAUGUACACCUAUCAAAGACAUUUAAACAAGUAAAAGACUCUGAUAGACCGUGUGUCCGUGCAUAGAAGGCUACCCGUGGACCUAGAAGAGCAGAGUUUGUCUUCUGAUGUGUUUCUGUAUGAUCUCAGGAAAGUCACUUGAUCUCCAAAUGCUCCAGGCAACCCAGAUACUAAGUCUUUAAUUACUGAUCUGCAUCUUUGGAGGGAGUUUUCUAAGUGAUAAAAUCAUAGGUCAGGUAAAAAAAAUUCUAGACAAUAAAAGCCCUAAAGAAAGAAAAUGUGUCAGAGCUAGACAAGACUAGUUACACACACACACACACACCCAUUGGUGGCCUUUUCCUCAGCCAGUGCCUUGUGGGACGAGUUCCUCCCACCUCACCUUUUUGUCACACUGACAUCUGAAUCUUUGCCUGUGGAAAGAAGUGAUGAACAGGCCCCCUUUAAAGGACUAGAUACAUUUAUGACUAUCCUGGAAUAUCCAGGCCGUGCUCAUCCUGAGGGACUCGCUUCCCAAGGAGGGAAAACCUUGUAUUUAGUGUGAGAUAUUACAGACCUUUGCAUGUUC